AUGAAUAGUCACAUGGUGGCAGCGCUGAGUUCCAACAGAGAUCUUCACCAAGGUUGGUUCCGAUGUGCUUCUCCGAUAGUGGCUAAACCACCGGCACUCAUGGCGGCGGCGUUUCCAUGGAAUCGAGGCUGUGAGAUCACAACUACCAAGAUAACACCACGCAACCAAGACACCAAGAAUAGGGCGGUAACCGUAGCAAAGGUGAAGAUCCCGAUCUCUACAAAGAUCAUGAUUGGCUGCACCAAGGAGGGUCCGCCAGCAGAGGCGCAUGCCCCGCCAAUGUCACCGAGGGAGGAGAUGUUGAUUGUACUCCUAAUUAGUAGUGGUGGCAAGAUGAAGGAUCAAGGGGAAAAAGGAAUACGAGCAGGGGUAGUUUCUAUCUCUGCAGAAAAUGACGAGUUGGUUGGGCAAACAAUUUCUGAGGCAAUUGACAAGGUGGGACCAGAGGGUGUCUUAUCCAAUGAGUUUUCAUCAUCAUUUGAGACUACCGUUGAAGUUGAAGAAGGAAUGGAGAUUGACAGAGGACAUACCUUCUUUCAAUUUGUUACAAACCUUGAAAAGUUGAUUAUUGGAUUCGAGAAUGUAAGAGUCUUGAUUACAAAUCUGAAGAGUUCGACAAUUAAAGAUAUAAUUCCUCUAUUGGAGAAAAGAGCUCAAGUGAGACCUCCUUUACUUGUAAUUGUUGAGGAAGUCACUGGUGAGCCUUUGGCUACCCUUGUUGUGAGUAAGUUACAGGGUAUUCUUCAUGUUGCUACCAUCAAUGCUCUUGGAUUUGGUGAGCAUAGAAAGCCCCUACUUCAAGACCUUGCUAUAUUGGCAGUUGAGCAGUUUGGUAUUGCUUGCAAAGUAACCAUCUCCAAGAAUUCCACAACUAGUAUUGUUGAUGCUGCAUCAAAAGAUGAGUUGCGAGCUAGGAUUGCACAACAUGAACUUCAGACUACAACUUUAUUCAAUGGCCGUGGCAACUUUGGAGUGGACAAUGAUCAACUUGUGGCAAGGGGCAAGAAUUUAUUUGAUGGGACAAUAAGAGGCUCAAUUACGAUGAAACAAUUUCCACUGAUGCAUUUUAAGUAA